GCAGGCAGGGUCGAAUCGAAAAUGGACACCGCGUGCGAGAGCAGAGUGACAAUUUUAUAUCGAGACCACCGCCUGCUUUUCGUGUUCGAGUCGCGCGGCGCCGCUUUCCUCCCGUGACACUCAAGGAAAACCGCUCGGUCGCUUCGCGUUUGCAGAGAGCGAGAGCGUUGGUCUUGCCAAUAAGUAUUGAAAAGGAGCGGUGAGUGAGUGUGAGUGCAAUCGCUUGCUUCGUCAAUCCUCAUAACGCAUUCAGCCUGUCGAAACCGACACUUUGUUCGCCAAUUUUUGCGAUUUUUCCUCGACGUGCAAUCACUUUUACACCAGCAUCCACUACAACACAUUACAGAGAAGAGCUAACUUUUCAAAAUGAGGCAGGCAUAUCUUUUCCUUCUGGCCGCAGUCCUCGUUUUUCAAAUUUGUUUCGCUCUCGAAAACGCGAAUAAGACCACGGCCAUAAAAUCUUCACCACUGUCAAAAUUUGUAGCCGCGCUCUCAAAACCUGGAGCUUUUGCUAAAGAGGCGAAAAAUCUUCUUGGCGAGGAAAUGAUGAAGGACUCUUCAAAAUGUCCGACUGGUGAGGACGGCCUCGAGUGUCGCCGGCAGGAGGCUCGAAGUGGAGCGGACUCGUGUCACCACACAGGGGGUGACUGCACCGAAUGUCAAAAUUGCGGCGGCAAGGGGCCGACGGAGUGGCUGUCGUGCUGCGAGACGCACUUCCGAUGCUGCGCGGACGUCGCUCUCGCGUGCCAAAAGUGCGACCAGCCGCAACUGCUGCCCUUCUGCAUGAAACGCUUCAAGAAGUGCUUCCACGCGGCUUGAUAUGUAUAAUUUUGUUUGGUAUUUAUUUGAAGUGAGAAUAAGCGAGUGUUUAAAUAAAAGAGUUCACAGUACUUUA